AUGCGGUUCAUAGAAUUGGUCUCCAGCAGAUUUUGGACAGUACAAGAGUUCACAGAGUACAAGACGCCGCGCCCGGAGGAGGCGGGGCGCGCCCUGGGCGCGGUGCUCGAGGAGCUGCGGCGGACGCGAGCCGACCUCCGCGCGGUGCAGGGCUGGGCGGCCGGGCGCUGGCUGCCGGCAGGUUGUGAAACAGCACUUUUAUUCCCAAUGCGUUCCAAGAAGAUUUUUGGAAGCGUGCAUCCAGCGACACCAAUGAAGCUUGAGUCUUUUAGUGCCUGCAUUUGGGUCAAAGCCACAGAUGUAUUAAACAAAACCAUCCUGUUUUCGUAUGGCACAAAGAGAAAUCCAUAUGAGAUCCAGCUGUACCUUGGCUAUCAGUCCAUAGUGUUUGUGGUGGGUGGAGAGGAGAACAAACUGAUUGCUAAUACUGUGAUUUCCCUGGGAAAGUGGACCCAUCUGUGCAGCACCUGGAAUUCAGAGAAGGGGCGCAUGUCCUUGUGGGUAAACGGUGAACUGGUGGCUACCACUGUCGAGAUGGCCAUAGGUCAUAUUGUUCCUGAGGGAGGGAUCCUGCAGAUUGGCCAAGAAAAGAACGGCUGCUGUGUAGGUGGUGGCUUUGAUGAAACACUAGCCUUUUCUGGAAGACUCACAGGCUUUAAUAUCUGGGAUCGCGUUCUCAGCAAUGAAGAGAUAAGAGAAACCGCAGGAGCCGAUUCUUGUCACAUCCGGGGAAAUGUUGUUGGGUGGGGAGUCACAGAAAUUCAGCCACAUGGAGGAGCUCAGUAUGUUUCAUAA